CUUUGGUCCUCAUGCGUUUCCAGUCGAUAUUCGGUAUUUUGGCCCUGGUUGCAGGGGCACUUGUCUCUGUCAAUGCCUCCCCUCUCGGUGAUCCUGCGGAACCUGAGGUGGUCGUGCACGCCGCUUUCCCUGAGGAAAAUGUCUUCGGACAGGUGGUGAACGGAGAGCGGAAUAAGAUGCUUCUCCUCAUCGAGAACAACUCGGAGCACAACAUCACCCUGCUGAACGCCGGGGGCUCGAUCCACCACGCAGAAUCUGGUGCUCUGGUUAAGAACGUGUCACAGCUAACAUAUGGUCUCCCGCUCCUUGAAGGCGCGAAGAUCCAGCUUCCUUUCACCUUCUACAGCGAGUGCCAGCCCGGUGACCACCGUCUUAAGCUCUGGUUACAACAUGCCGCCGAGGGCACGGUCUACCAAGUCGACGCCUACGAUGGCAUCAUCACCGUCGUCGAACCCGAAGUGUCCUGGUUCGACAUCAAACUCAUCCUCACCUACAUCUUCACUACCGCCAUCCUCGGCGGGCUCGGCUACGUUGCCUACGUCUCCUUCGUCCCGCAGACCAAGAAGGCACGCAAGCCGAAGACUUCCGCCGUGAGCGAGCCCGUCGCGGUGACCGCGACCGGCGCGGGCGGCUACCAGGAGGAGUGGAUCCCGGAGCACCACCUCAAAAAGCCCAAAGCGACGAAGCGGACGAAGAGCGGGAACGUCACGAGUGGCGACGAGCUCAGCGGCGCGGAGAGCGGCGCGGAGAAGAAGCGGAGCACGAGGAGGAAAUGAGAGAAAAAAAGUUGUUAGGCUACUUGUAGGUGAAAUCUGGCGAUGGCGACGGCGUCCACCGGGAAGAUAAUCGACCAGAGGGUGCGGAGGGUUAUCUCAAAACGGGGUUCUACGCGUGUUAUAUAUUUAUGUUGCUCGUACACUCCGAUAAUGCUACCCGCUUCCGGCAUGUUCACUUUUGCACGGCCGCAAUGGAUCAUCCUUCGAGAGGUGGCAAGAUGUAUAUAUGUGCGAAGGAACCCACUCAUAAGGGAGCUCAAGGCUAAGCAGAGCGGUCGCGUUCCGGCUCUGUGCAUAUGCACCCAUCGAGGAGAAAACGUGGACAAGUAAAUGAGGGUUGCUUGGGACCUUCCGACAUGCAACACGCAAGGAGAGGAGAUAAGACAAGUCGACACGCUGUCUUGCACCCUGCGCAAGAGUACAACGCUCUAACGACCGCGUCAUACGUCUACGUUCUUGUACCCCUUCACCCUGCUCUCCUGCAGCAUACCCAGAUACCUGUCCACCAAACUCCGACAGUUCUCGUUGUGGUUCACGCCCUCGACCUUGUAGCAUUUGUCAAGCUGCUCCUUGAUGAGUCGGAGCUCCAUGGCCCGAAUCCAGGACUCGCGAACGUGGUCGUCCCGAGCCUUCAGGACGGCUUUCAUCUGCUCGAUUGUUAUGUGGUUCGCAGCCAUUGCAGGAGACCAGUAGGGAAGUGGUGGUGGCGG